AUGGAGCCCAAACUAAGCAUCAUCGCUUCCUUGAUCCUUUUAUUGUUAUUUUUAAACCAGUCACAAUUGAUAAUCGCGAAGAGUCCGUCUCGUAAGACACAGCCAACCAAGCAUGGAGAGGUGUACCGCGCAAAGAGUCAGAUCGAUUCUCUGAUUUACAAAUUAACACUCGAUUUAAACACCUCUAAUGAAAAGAAAAAUCUAGCCACCGUCAUGCAAAAAGAUGCCGAAAAAUUAUCUCGAAUUGCCGAAGAUGAAAUCGCCUUAUUGAAACCAGUGCAGCGUCUUUUGGAUCAACUAGUGAAGGGAAAUGCUUCAGGUGGAAAUCAAAGCUGUUUUUGCGGCAUUCGUGGUGGUAAAACAGCAAUAAACAUUGCGACAAAAAGCUCUCCUCUGCCUAAACAUUACACUAUAACUGUACAAGUUAACCAUCGUGCACUGAUUGAUCGAGGAUUAACACGUGACAAUGGAGAUGACCUACAAGUCUACUACCAUGCUAACGGACAGCAACCGGUUCAAAUAGACCGUGUUCUUAGUGGUCUGGGGACAAAGUCAGCCACAGUCCACUUUAGACUGCAGGCUCGUAUGUCAGCCAACACCAUUGAUGAUAUCUCUUACUCUUUAAUGCUUGGUGAUGCAGUCAGCGGAAGUGUUAUGGAUAACCCUAGACGGGUGUAUGCGUUUUAUGAUGAUUUCACGAGCCCUGCCCUAAAGAAGGACUGGGUGAAGAACAAUUACGGCAAAUGGACUGUGCAAAAUGGACGGUUGCUUGGCGAUACCAUGGCUAUUAAGGGAAGAGAUUAUAUAGAGGUCGCAUUGUAUCUCAAGUCGGGAUUUUCUUGGAGAGAUAUUGAAGUGGAGCUUGACAUGAUGGAGACUGGGAGUAGAAAAAGUUGUCCUGGACCACUGUUGCGUGUGGCCAAUGUUCAACACAGUAAGACCACAGCGUGGUGGUUUGAGUACUGUCCAUAUAACACUUUUACCUGUACGUUAAGGCCUCAACGCAAUAACAAAGAUGGUGGCUGGAAAUACAACAGCAAACUGUCCAGAGCCUUUGCGCUUCAUACUUGGUUUCAUUUUAAGUACCAAGUGCUUGGCGACCGAUUCUCACAAUGGCAGGAUGGUAAACUCGUACAUAACAAUGUAAAAGUCAGCAAUGAUUGGAACAUACCGGGUGGAACGUUUGGCCUGGGUUGUCACACUUCUCCAAACAACUGUAAAACAAUCUAUGACAACAUUAAAAUCAGAUUCCUGGUUGCUGGUCCUCCAAAUAUCACUCUCGGAAACUUUGAACCCAUUCGUCUCAGUCAAACCAGUAUCCUGGGUACAAAGAACCUUCCCGCUGACUCCUGCAAACAAAUUCAUGAUGCAAGUCUAGCAAAUAACAAACCGCGCGUCAAGAAUGGAGUUUACUGGAUAAAGACUGAUCUGCAAGGAAGCUCUUUAGUGCAGACUUACUGUGACAUGGCCAAUGGAGGCUGGACUCUUGUGGGAAAGAUCAGUGGCAAAGUUGGCAACAUCUACAAGACUUGGCUUGUGUCUAACCACAACACUGCAGCACUGAAAACUCCAAAAAUCACUAAACAUAAAGAUUUUGGCUGCAUGGAUGCUCGCAGUCUGGCUGUUGAAGCAGCUUCCACGAUUCUGUUGUCCAGUGGCGAGAGGAUGGAUGGCUUGGGAAGCAAGUGGGUUAUGUGGAGACUGCCGGGAAACAGAGAAAAAGAAAAGUUUUGGAAUCAUGCUAUUGGUAAAUCCGCUGCGCAGGAGGCCGUUGUGACACCUGUACUGGUGCAUGCAUGGAAUGGAAACAAAAAGAUCUGUUAUCAAAACGAGUUUGGGAUAAUGCCUUAUUCUCUUCAUGGAGGAUCGUAUCCCUACACGUCUCUCAAACACGGAGGCGGAAUUUUGGCUGUGAACGACUACUGUAUGGCUGUGGGUGUCAACACUAAGGGUUCUCUGGCGCACGGCUGGAGAAAUAAUGGCCAUGCUAACGAUUGUCCAAGCAGCGUUUCUGAUUGGCCCAACAAGUCGUACAAACACGGUUCCCCUUAUCUAACGGUGUGGCUCAAGUGACUAUGGCAACGACCUCCGUAUAGAAGGUCGUGGUGAUUUUUUUGCUUCACCGUGGAAUCUAUAUGAGUCUAGUUUAUGUUAAAGUUCCUCGGGUCUUUAUAUGGAUCAGAUUCAAUCAAGUUUCGUAGGGUAAUGCACAAAGUAUAGAAUAUAGGUAGGUCUAGCAUAAGCACAAGUUACUCGAGACAUUUUUAAGGACAAAUCCAUCAAUAGAAGUGGGUUUUAUCACUUUUCCGUUUCCAAGUCAUUUGACACUUUUGCCGUUGU